AUGCAGACGUCACACACUCUCUUUCUCUCUCUCUCUCUCUCUCUCUCUCUCUCUCUCUCUCUCUCACACACACACAUACACACGUUUUCAUUAGAUCAUUGGCUUAUCAAGGUAUUUUGUUGGACAUCACUGACAUUAUCUCUUCUCGGCUCCAUCUACAUUCUCGUUAAAAACAAAAAAACGGUGUACUCGGCCUGCCUGCCCCGCACCCACCACCACCACCACCACUCCAUGCGAGCCAUCAUGAUGAACGAUGGAAGAACUCCGCUGGAAGAGGUGCACAACCUACUCGAGGAAGAACGUUGA